GAGGUUUUCUAGCUGGCUAAUGUGAAGAGGCGGGGCAAAGAUGACAAGCGUGAGGCGGAGGUGGUAACGUGGCAAAACGUGGGAGAGGCUGUGUCACUGUUAGACAGCUCAGAUACGUAUAUGUGGACAUAUUGUAUCCGCACAGGGAGGCAGGGGGAGGCUGGCGCAGCAGACAGGAACCACACGAGCAGCGGGAGGAGCCGCGAGAAGAAAGGCUGCACGGCAAAUAAAACUCCACGCCCCUCUGCCGAGCAUCCAUUUACUGAGCAGCUGAUGUCUGCUGCUUCACUGGAUGCGCACAGACUCAGCAGUAACAGAAGAAGAAGAACACUACAGUGCACUGUGGCUCUGGUGGGUUUGGAUCACAGCACCCAGGCAGCAAAAGAAGUCUUCGAGCACGCACUGGGUCAUUUCUGAAGAGGUUCGUUGCAUCAUUUGUGCAAGAAAUGCUGCAUGUGUUUCACCUCAGAGGGAAGGAGUAUUUUAAACACAGAAUCUAACUGAAGCUGCUGUGUGAAAACUAUCAGAAGAGGAUCUGGAGGUUUUCUGAGGCUCAUACAACUGAUUAGCACUGAGGAGUAGCUUAAGAAAACUGCAGUCUUUUCGCUUUUGUCUACCCGGGAUUCUACAGGUUGCUCUCAAGUAUUUGGUUCAGAUCAAGUUACAAACAUGACCACCAUGCAAAAGCUGCUGCAGCUGCCGGUGAACGCGGUGAACAUCGUGAAGACGGUGCAGAGUCAGGUCCAGGGCCAGGAGGAGGAUAAAAGCCCCGUGCUGACCCCUGACAGUGGGCAGCAGGCCUGGUACAGCGCCCUGCAGCCCGAUGAGCUGCGCCACCUCCGGUCUGGAGGCACAGGAGGAGGAGGAGGAGGAGGAGGAGGUGGGGGGGACCAGGAGGAACGAGGACCACAGGAGGAAGGUGGCGGAGGUGGUGGCAGUUUCCAGUCUCAGCCUUUGCGACACGAUGACUUGAAGGAGAUGCUGGACAGCAACAAAGACUCCUUGAAGCUGGAGGCAAUGAAGCGGAUUGUGGCUAUGAUCGCCCGAGGCAAAAAUGCAUCAGAUCUCUUCCCUGCUGUGGUGAAAAAUGUGGCCUGUAAAAACAUUGAGGUGAAGAAGCUGGUCUAUGUUUACUUGGUGCGAUAUGCUGAAGAGCAGCAGGAUCUCGCUUUGCUCUCCAUUUCCACAUUCCAGCGAGGGUUGAAGGAUCCGAACCAGCUGAUCAGAGCCAGCGCUCUGCGAGUCCUCUCCAGCAUCCGCGUCACGAUCAUCGUCCCCAUAAUGAUGUUGGCCAUCAAAGAAGCUGCCUCUGAUAUGUCUCCAUAUGUCAGGAAGACGGCUGCUCAUGCCAUUCCUAAACUCUACAGUUUGGAUCCAGAACAGAAGGACCAGCUGAUUGAAGUCAUAGAGAAACUCCUCGCUGACAAAACCACGUUGGUGGCAGGAAGUGUCGUGAUGGCUUUUGAGGAGGUGUGUCCGGAGCGCAUCGACCUGAUCCACAAAAACUACAGGAAGUUGUGUAAUCUCCUGAUCGACGUGGAGGAGUGGGGACAGGUGGUCAUCAUCAACAUGCUGACCCGCUACGCCAGGACGCAGUUCCUCAACCCAAACAUCAAUGAGUCCCUGUUGGAGGAGGGAAGCGGCGGGGACAAGACCUUCUAUGGGUCAGAUGAAGAUGAGGACGAGGAUGAGGAGGAGAAAGAAAAGAAGGCUGAGGCUCCUGCCAUGGCCAAGAGGAAGCCCUAUGUGAUGGACCCAGACCAUCGGCUGCUGCUGAGGAACACCAAGCCGCUCCUGCAGAGCCGCAACGCAGCUGUGGUGAUGGCUGUGGCUCAGCUGUAUUUCCAUCUUGCCCCUAAAGCGGAGGUUGGAGUGAUUGCCAAGGCUCUGGUCCGUCUCCUGAGGAGCCACAGUGAAGUCCAGUAUGUUGUUCUUCAGAACGUGGCAACCAUGACAAUUAAGAGAAGGGGGAUGUUUGAACCGUACCUGAAGAGUUUCUACAUCCGCUCUACAGACCCAACCCAGAUAAAAGUCCUUAAGCUGGAGGUUCUGACCAAUCUAGCCAAUGAGACGAACAUCUCCACCAUUCUCAGAGAGUUUCAGACGUAUAUUAAAAGCAUGGAUAAGGACUUUGUGGCCGCCACGAUCCAAGCCAUCGGCCGCUGUGCCACCAACAUCGCAGAGGUGAGGGACACGUGUCUGAACGGCCUGGUCCAGCUGCUGUCCAACCGAGACGAGUUGGUUGUAGCUGAGUCUGUGGUGGUUAUUAAGAAGCUGCUGCAGAUGCAACCAGAGAAGCACAGCGACAUCAUAAAGCACAUGGCGAAGCUAACAGACAACAUCCAGGUGCCGAUGGCGCGGGCCAGUAUCCUGUGGCUGAUCGGAGAGUACUGUGAGCAUGUGCCUAAGAUUGCCCCGGAUGUGCUGAGGAAAAUGGCCAAGUCCUUCACAAACGAGGAGGACAUCGUUAAGCUGCAGAUCAUCAAUUUGGCCGCCAAGCUCUAUCUCACAAACUCUAGACAGACCAAACUGUUAACGCAGUAUGUUCUCAACUUGGCCAAGUAUGACCAGAAUUACGACAUCCGUGAUCGGGCGCGCUUCAUUCGCCAGCUCAUAGUGCCCACCGAGAAGAGUGGAGCACUCAGCAAGUACGCUAAGAAACUGUUCCUCGCCCUCAAACCUGCACCAGUCCUCGAGUCUCCGUUUAAAGAUCGAGACCACUUCCAAUUGGGUUCAUUAUCCCACUUGCUGAAUGCCAAGGCUGGCGGCUACCAGGAGUUGCCUGACUGGCCCGAAGCCGCCCCAGACCCCUCCGUGCGCAACGUGGAGGUGAAGGAGUCUGUGCCCGAAUGGACCAAAUGCAGCAGCCGAGAGAAGAGAAAGGAGAAGAAAGUGGAGAAGCCUUUCUACUCUGACUCGGAGGGCGAGUCUGGGCCGACGGAGUCAGCUGACAGCGAGUCAGACUCUGCCAGCGGCACGGAAAGCGGCAGCGGCAGCGAGGAGAGCGGCUCGGGAUCGGAGAGCGAAGAGAGCGAGGAAGGCUCCGAGUCUGAGGAAGAGGAGGAGGAUGAUGAAGAUGAAAAGGACAAAAAGAAAAAGAAGAAAGAAGUCAAGAAAACAGUGCAAGAAAGCGAAAGCGAGCAGAGCAGCGAAGAAGAAGAGAGGAAACACGAGAGGAAGAGUAAACAACGUCAGAGUGACUCGGAGUCCGAAUCUGAUGACGACGAAGAGGAAAGCGAGUCUGAAAGCAGCCAAUCGGAGUCUGAAGAGUCAGAGUCGGAGGCAGAGGUCAAAAAGAAAAAAAAGGCAGCUGAGUCUAAACUUCCGUCAAAGCCCGUCAAGAAAGAGAGCAAGAAAGAGAAGAAAGAAAUGUCUCUGCUCGACCUCGAUGAUUUCGAGCCUACUCCUUCUCCUCAAGUCACACCUGUCAACACCUUCCUGUCCAACAGCCUUGUGACCGACCUGGAGGGAUUGUCUUUGUCUGACGCUGUUCUCUCCCCAGCAACCAUUGCUCCUUCCAGCGCCCUGAAGAGCUUCGAGCUGCUGCACCGGAUCACAGGGGAGGGUCUGUCGGUGGAGUACUGCUUCAGCCGGCAGCCGUUCAGCCCCGAUGCCAACAUGGUGGCCGUGCAGAUGCAGUUCACCAACAACGCCACCUCCGACACCAAGAACCUGCAUAUGGAGGACGUGAAGCUCCAGUCAGGGAUGAGGGUCAAAGAGUUCCCAGAGAUUGAACUGCUGCCUGCAGGCGAGACGGCCACGGCUGUGAUGGGCAUCGACUUCUGCGACUCAACGCAGGCGGCAAACUUCCAGCUGUGCACUCACACCAGGAAAUUCUUCGUCUCAAUCCAGCCGCCGGUCGGGGAGCUGAUGAGGCCCGUCUUCCUGACAGAGAACGAGUUUAAAAAGGAGCAAGGUCAGCUGAUGGGCAUGAAUGAAAUCACGGAGAAGCUAACCCUGGACGCAAAGUGCCGGAACGAACACGCCAUCGUCCAGAGGGUGACCACCGCCGCCAACCUCAGCAGAGUCCCCUGUGGUUCAGAUAAAGAGUGCAGGUUCGCAGGCAGGACGGUGACGAGCGGCAGCCUGGUGUUGGUCACCGUGGCGACCAAAGAGGAAGGAGCAGCCCAGCUGACGGUCAACUGUGAGAAGAUGGUGAUCGGCACCAUGCUGGUGAAGGACGUCCUCCUGGCUUUGACGCAGUGACGCCCUCUGACCCCCCCCCCCAAACUCCAACACACCUCUCACAUAUCGUCCGAGACUCCACGCGUUGUAGCAUCUCCUCCGUCCUCCUGUAAGCAGGGAGGAAGUUCCCUGACUAUCCAAUUACCGUUUGCUUUUUGGUUCAAGAGCCCUCUACCUUUUAGAAACUACUGCUAUAACCGCCGAACGCCGCAGCUGUUUGGGAUCAUUUUGACAAUCAGACAUAAAUUCCGCCGCUCCUUUUGAAAGAGUCAUUGUCCAAAAAUACUUAGUAGUAGUUGGAUUUAUCGGACUCCCAUUUCUGAGUCAGCUAAAAAACAAGAUUUGUGCAUUUUUGUUAGGUGUUCAAAACCUGAAAUGUUCUUUAUGUUUUCGAAGCUUUCGUCUUCUCUCAGCAGGGGGCGUCACUGAACUGAACGAACGCCACCUUUCAACAACCCUGCAAUUCCAAGUAACAUGAGACACAAAAAAGACAAGAUGGAAAAGAAACAUAUGAAGAGGAGUAAAAUAGAAUUAGCUAAAACCGAUGAACCAGAGUGCAAGAUAGAACAGAAGAAAGUUUUAGGCAAAUCAGAAAUGCAGGCUAAAAACACAGAAGAUCAGCUGUGUGUGAAACUUAAAUCAUGACCAGAGAAAGAGAAAGAAAGCAGUUCACGUCCAAUGAAAACCACCUCCAGACUUCCUAAACUACAACCACGACGUGUAAUCACUUACAUCCUGAGUAAAGCCACGAUGAGAUGCAGUUGAAAGUUUCGAAAACAUAAAGUUAUCAUCGGACCAUAAGGAUAUUAAAUAAAUUGUUUAAUUAAUUAUCAAAUGAAGGUUUAUUUUUUUCAGAAAGCAAUUCUAAUUUGGUACAAAUCUGUCACGACUUUUCGGCUCGUUAGUUCUUCUCUCUGAGGCCGUUUUAACGUGGGUAAAUAUUAGUGAUAGAUCACACGCUAUCGGUAAAAACACAAGCUGAAACAUCAGUGUAAUCACUUCUCGUCCAGUUCUUUUUCACCUCCGUCAUCACCUGAAUGUAGCACGAAGGCUCGACUGAGACAACAACCGCCUACAACUGAAUCAUUGAAUUCUGGCAGUAAAGUAAAUGUUGUCAAUCAGUAACACAGCAAGACUCCCGGGAACAAAGAAGGACUUUCACGUUCUGUCACAGUGCACACGUUCAUUACGACAUGUGGGGCGUUUACAAGACAAACAAACUCAAGAUGUAUAAAUGUUAUAGUGCAACAUGUAAUACAGUACUGCUAUAAGUAAGGUGUGCAUGUGUGUGUGUUUGAAUUUUGACCUGGCAAACAUUAACCAGCUGUUUCCCAACUGACUCAAAAUGAUUUGAACUGAUCAUGAAGCACAUUAUACUCAUCGGCCCUCUGGACAGGAAGUAAGAGAUCGUUUGUCUUGCCUGCCACAAGCUUCAAAGAUUUAAAGAUUACUUGUCCCGCUUACAUUUACAAAUGAGGUCGUGAAUGUGCCGGAAAAAACUCACAGAUUUCAGAAGAAAAUGUUUCGGCAGAAUUGCAGAUUUAAGGAAAAGUCUGAAAAUGCUGAACAAGACUACUUCAUAUUACAUCACCAGAUUUUAGGAUUUCAAGUGACAGAAUUUCAGUGUUAUAACAUAAAAAUAUUAAGAAAACCAGCAAAUAUUUGCAUUUCAGAAGAGAGUUGUAUCAUUUUUUCCUUUAAAAAAUGAGUUUUAAAAACUAAACUGAUUAUCAAAAUUGUUUAUUAUUAUUAGCCUUAUUAACCUUGGAAAGACAGCAAUUAAGUGUAUUUCCCAAAAAUGUUGGUGAAUAUUUAUUGGUUAACUGUCACUAAAAUAUGAGUUUUGUUUCACCCUGUCUAAAGGUAGCAUUUAGUUUAUGAGGCUAAUAAUAACACCUAUAGAUUGUAAUUGAAAUACUUCCUCCCGAGCUGAAAUGCUUAUAAUUUCAGACAUUUUCAAUUUGAGUGUUACCUCAAUCCCAUUUAUCGAGGGACAGUUUUCAUGCCUUUUUAUUCUGUUUUGAUUUCAGGUCUCUUUUGUUACAGACCCUCGUAUGUCGAGUGGCUGCUCGCUUCUCAUCUUUUACUUGUUAUCUGUUUAUUUAUUUAUUGUUUCUUUGCUGCUGGAAAAACGCUGCGUUUUACCAAAGGAGACGGUCGAAACUUCAGCCCUCGACGUGGACGGUCUUAUUUUGUCCUUUUUGUACCUGUUUUGUUGUUUACCACUGAACCACCCUGAAAUGUGCAGCCACUGCAGUGGUGUCAUGAUGAGAGAACGUACAGAGAACGAAAAUCUGCUGUCAUUGUAAAAAUCCACUGAGGAAGACGAGAGAGGGAGAGAGAGACGGCUUUCACAGAAACAGUUGGCUAAAAUUAUUCUCCAAAUCAUAACUCAUGUCAGGAGAUUUGUUAUAUCCGCAUCAGCUUUCAGAUAUCCAAAGUAUGUUCCAUCAUUCUGUGUGUGUGUGUGUGUGUGGUUGUGAAACGUGAUCCUUAAGUAUUACAAGUUUAUUUAUUAUACAAAUAAAAAUUACAGAUACAU